AUGGCUAACAAGAAGGCCCACCAACAGGAAAUGGUCCAGGUUGCGGAUCGUUCUGAAAGUGCGUCUCCUUUCUGGAAGUCGAGAUCUACAUCUCAACAACAUGCCAGCCCUAGGCCCUAUGAUGCUAGCUCCGUGGUUGGCGCAUCCUAUUCGCACGCCGACAUCCUAAACACGUCGGCUCGCACAUCACCUAGAUCUGGACCGAAUGCAGGACAGAGCCGCGCACAAUCAUCCCUAGCCCAUCUCGAAGGGAAAAAGACCUCGUCACCAAAUCGCCCUUACAACAAUAUACUCUCACAUCCGGCGCGUGGUUGGGGCUAUGGAAAUGAUGUCGCAGAAGAAGAUGAAGAUGACGAAAUAUUUUAUGACGACGACGAAGAUGAAUUUGGGCUUCCUAGUAUUGCUAGCAUGCGGAAGAAGGGGAAUGACACUCGGCGAACACAGUCCACAUUUACAACUACCAACGCGAUGCCAGGGAACUCCACGCUAGGUGCGGAUCUAGAUACUGCUAUUCGACCAAGAGCCAAUAGUUCAGAUAUUGCAGAAGAACGAGGUGUGUCGCUUUACCCGUCGGCGAAGAAAACUGAAGGCAAGAUCCUUCGUCCUCAGUAUAAAGAUAUUUUGAAAGAUCCUGCCAACUCCUUGAAUUUGAUAAAUCAUUCCCCACCGCCUUCUGACGCUACGCCGAGUCAACGAGAAGCCCAUUCAGCGCGCAUUUCUAGGAUCAACAAGUUUAAACGAAUCUUGCAGGCAAGUACUGUAUCUUUGUCGGAGCUCCGCUCGCUUGCUUGGUCUGGAGUCCCCGACGAGGUGAGAGCUAUGACAUGGCAAUUACUGCUGGGCUACCUGCCGACGAAUAGCGAGCGCCGCGUCUCGACACUUGAAAGGAAGCGCAAAGAGUAUCUUGAUGGGGUUCGUCAAGCUUUCGAGCGAGUUUCUGUCAGUGGGGGACCCGGUUCCACCAACACAAGUUCUGGCCGUGGCAGGGGCUUGGACGAAGCAGUCUGGCAUCAAAUCAGUAUUGAUGUGCCCCGUACAAGUCCACAUUUGCAGUUAUAUAGCUACGAGGCCACACAACGAUCUCUGGAAAGGAUACUUUACGUCUGGGCCAUACGGCAUCCUGCCAGUGGCUAUGUACAGGGAAUCAAUGACCUUGUAACUCCUUUUUGGCAGGUAUUUUUAGGCGCCUAUAUGACAAAUAUUAAUGUCGAAGAAGGAAUGGAUCCGGGGCAACUACCAAGGUCUGUUCUCGAUGCGGUAGAAGCUGAUUCUUUUUGGUGCCUCACAAAACUUCUUGAUGGCAUUCAAGAUAACUAUAUCUAUGCUCAACCAGGUAUACAGCGACAAGUAAAAGCACUGCGCGAUCUAACGAAACGAAUAGACGCUAGCCUGGCGAAACAUUUGGAAAGUGAAGGAGUCGAAUUUAUGCAAUUCAGCUUUCGAUGGAUGAAUUGUCUGCUUAUGAGAGAGAUGAAUAUAAAAAGUACAAUUCGAAUGUGGGAUACAUAUAUGGCCGAGGAGCAAGGAUUUUCCAGAUUCCAUCUAUAUGUUUGCGCUGCCUUUCUUGUCAAGUGGACUGAUCGACUGCUUAAAAUGGAUUUUCAGGAGAUUAUGAUGUUUCUUCAGUCGCUUCCAACCAAAGAGUGGACAGAAAAAGAUGUUGAGUUGUUACUCAGCGAAGCAUUUAUAUGGCAGAGUCUGUUUCAAGAUUCAAGCGCACAUUUGAGACAAGACGGUGAAGACAACAAUACCGGCUACAUGUUUUGA